AAUAAUUUAUUGCCUAUAAAACUGCUAAUCCAAGUAUAGUUUGGGGUUUCUAUUCCCUUCGAAUUUUAUGAUUGUGGGAAGCUGCAAUCAUCAUCUAAUCACCGGGUUUCAACAUUCAAUUCAAUGCUUUCAUUUUUGUUAAUGAAUACUUAUACAAGAUUGUGCUGAUUUGAACUUUACAGUGCUGGAAUGAUAGUUUGUUGUUCUUGAUCUUGAUCCAAAGAGAUCCUUUAAAGAUUUAUGGAUUUGGAAGGUGAAAAUUCUGCUCUUGAAUCUGUUGAAGAUAAUGAAUUGACUGCCAAUCCGGAUAGUGUUUCCGGUCUUGAUCAGAAUAAGGACAAGUUUAAGGCUAACGGGUCGUGUUCAAAUGAGAUUCAUAACCUCGCUACUAGCAGAAUUAUUGGUGCUAAUACUGAGCAUCUUGAUGGACAAGUGAAAGAAGGUGCUGUGAAUUUUAACCCUAUAACGGCUAAAUCUCCUGUUGUGGGGUCAACUACUAUUACUAAAGGAUAUGGGUUGAGAAAGUGGAGGCGAAUUAAGAGAGAGGUUGUCAAGGAUGCAAAUACCGGUGCUGAUAACAGUAAAGUUUUGAAGCGAGGAUUGUCUAGUUCUGGGAUCAAACAGACAAACUUAUUGUCAGCUGAGAUCAAACAAAAUAGUGAGGGUUCUACUGCAUCAGCUAAUAUGUUUAGAAAUGUGGGUUUCAGUGAUGGGUUGGUGACUCAUGGUCCAAUUUUGGAAUCCAGAUUUGCAGUUGGCCCUGCUUUUGCUUUGGGCACAGAUUCUGAGAAUAGUGAGGAUCGAAGUAGCAAGUCUUCAACAGCUGCCAGUGCUCCAAGGUUGAGGUAUGAGCUUCCUGCAGUGUUGGGUUACUUAAGGGAGAAGAACAGGAGCAAGAAUUUUAGUUGGAAGAGUGUGGCUAGCUCAACUCAACGAGUUCCUCAAGGAAAGGGACGGGCAGAAAGCAGUAAGAAGCCUAGAGGAGAAAGGGUCAAAAUGGAGAAGGAAAACUCUCAUUCCAGCAUGGAAUCUGACUCGAGAAGCUCCAACUUUGUCUUUAUGCAGGGUGUUUAUUCUGUUACUAGUAAUGGAAAUCAAAGUGAAAAUUAUGAUGGAGAAAACAGUGAUGAUGGCCAUGCAGGUGAGCAACAGUUUUGUGAGGAAAUUCAGACUGGUUAUGGCCAAGAGAAUGUGGGAGAAGUUGAAAAUGAUUCACAAGAUGAUUUAGCUGCAGAUGCUCCUUGGGAAGAUAAGGAAGAGAAAAGUGAGAGCCAUCAGCCCUCUACAGAUCAAGAUCCUUUGGUUGAGUCACUUGUUACCCUCCAAACAGUGCAGGAAGCCCUUGAAAGUGAGGUUCUAAAGUUUGAGGAAAUUGGGAAAAUUAGCAGCAUUCCAGUAGAUUCCACUUCUACUGACAGGAGAAUCCAUGAGUCAAGUUCAUGUGACCAGUUUGAUUCUGAAAAUAUCAGACAAUCAAGUUCCUUGGAAUCUCAAGUGUUAAGCUUGACAGAGAAUGUAAAAUAUUUGGAAAGCAAAUUAGAGGAGGCAAACACUAUGCUGACGGUAAAGGAGUCCAGGGUUGUAGAACUCGAAAAUACCUUGAUUAGUGGCAAGUCACCAACAGAAGAAUCAGGAAACGCCAUAAAGUUGCAGCAGGAGAGAUCUAGAGAGAUUGAAUCUGAGCUUGAGAGCCUCUUCAAGCAAAAGAUUGAGGCCGAGGUUGAGUAUUUGAUGCUCACAAGGACAAUACAAAAGUUGAGAGUUGUUGCAGGCGAUCAACUCACUUUCUUUGAACAACAAGAAGCCCCGGCUGGUGAGCAAGAACAAAUGCUGAACAAGCUCGGGGAGGCAGAGGGUAAGGCUGUGAUGCUUAGGAAACAAGCAGAGGAUGUGGAAAAAUAUCGGAGAGUUAUUUUAGGGACUGAAGAGGUGUUGAAGGUGCAGAGGAGAAUAUGUAAGGUUACUUCAUGUUUCUUUAUCCAGUUGAGUUUGCUUAUCUUGUUCUUUUGGCUAUUCGUGUUGCAGUUAUUACCCCAUCCUGGGGCUGUUGUACCCACCUAAAGUACUUUAGAAAGAUAGAACCUUUUUGUGCGUUCUCUACAUUUCUAGGCAAAAAUGUCAAUGCUAAAUUUUGUUGUUGUUACUGUAGAACUUCCCCCCCUCCCCCCCCUCCCCCCCCCCAAACCCCCUUUUUUUUUUUUCUGGUUGAUGGAGAUUCGACUUGUAACGAAGUUUUCAUUUUUCAUCAUGCACAUUUGUAAUUCAUCAGUUUUAGUACUUACUUUGAGUAGAGCAUCAUAAGAUGACAAGUUAUUCCUUUGA